GCACUUUUAUCUACAAGAACAUGUUCAACAAUAAAAAGUUUGUCGAAUGUUACAAAUUAUCGGACCUUCAGCACGAUUUAGGUAUGGAUCGAACCAAGCUAGUACAAUUGGCUUAUUUGCUAGGAAGUGAUUAUACCGAUGGACUAGAAGGUGUUGGUCCUGUUUUGGCAAUGGAAAUACUGUCAAACUUUAUUGGAGAUGACGGUUUGGUUCAAUUCAGGGACUGGUGGUUAAAAGUUCAAAUGGGACAAGACACUCCGAGAGAUACGUGCAACACAACUUUAAAACGAAUCAAGAGAACGUUGCGUAAUAAAGUGCAUUUGAACGAUAAUUGGCCUGAUGAGAAUGUUUUGAAUGCAUAUUACGAACCUGUUGUCGAUAGUUCAGAAGAAGCUUUUCAAUGGGGUCUUCCGGAUUUGGAUAGCUUGAGAAGCUUUUUCAACGAAUACCUUCGUUGGGAUCGUGAAAAGACUGAUCAUUAUUUGAUCCCUGCGAUCGAAGAACAAAAUCGAAGAAGUCGUAGAACGCAAGGCACUUUGGACGGAGGCAAUUUCUUCGAUCUCGGGAAUGGGUCCAGUGGUAUUUACGCUGGAAGACAAAGACCUGCCUAUGGUAGCUCUAGAUUGCAACAAGUGAUUACCAAUUUCCGUGAAAGCAAAAAAGCGUCUGA